CAAUGGACGAUGGAACGCCAACACGGUUUGCGAGGUCUUCGUCCACUUUGCAUUCUUGACCCUCGUUUUUUUUAAACGUGAGCACUUUUCGCAGAAGAGGACGGCCAGAAGUGCCCUUCGUGUGCAGUUUACGCAUUCCAGUGUUUAACAACGUGCUACGUCGCCAUGUUGGAUACCGACUGCGUAAUCGCUUCUCAUGCAACCUGUUUCGCCGGCCGAGGAGCACCGUGAAGAUGUGAUCCACGGAUAUGAGCGACGCCCAGGAAAGCCACCCGCAGCAACGCCAACGCCCAAGUCAAAGUCAGAAGUCCUGCGACACGACCACCGCCGUCACCACUACCACACAACGGACCGACACGCUUACCUCGCCGUCGGCAGAGCCCACCCCCAGUGCAGCUAGCUCGGCAAACCCGGAGCCAGGAGCCAAUAAGCCAUGGCCGCCACGGAUUUGCGGCGUGUGCGGCGACCGAGCCAAGAGCUACCAUUUCGGCGGCAUCUCCUGCGACAGCUGCAAGGCCUUCUUCCGACGCUCGGUGCAGAACGAGUCGCACUUCCAGUGCCCUAACCGCGGAAACUGCCGCAUCACGCUCGCGUCCCGCAAGAGCUGUCAGGCAUGUCGCUUCGCCAAGUGUCUCGCCAUAGGGAUGGAGGCGAGCUGGGUGAUGACCGAGCAAGAACGAAGAGCCCGAAUGCAGCAGCGCUUGCUCGCCAAAGGAGACAGCAGCGGCCGACCACCUCCGGCACCGAGACCUCUGGAGAUGCCCCCGUCUGCAGAAGACGUCGUACUUCUAGAAGAACUGGUCCACGCUUACGUGACCGGCUGUGCCGGCGCCCCUUUCGCGGCUCACCUUCAACGCGAAGAGAAGUCCAGGACAGAGUUGCUCGACGUGUUCUUCACGCUGGUGCACCAAAUAAGCGGAUUUGCGCAGGGACUGCAAGCAUUCGCGAGGGUUCGCGAGUCGGACAGGCACAUUCUGCUAAGGACGGCCGUGCUCGAACUGUGCUUCCUCCGCAGCGCGAUGAAUUUCGACGACGACGACGACCGGUGGCCCUCGAGGGUUCACUUCGGUGACGAGGCGACUUCGGUGCCUUCUGUGCGCGCUUCCGAUGUAGAACGCUUAGUUCCAGUAGAACUGUGGGCGCUGCACCGGAAGUUUCUGGUGUCCACGCGGAGGCUCAAGCCCGACCCGCUGACCCUGCUUCUGCUGUCGGCGAUAGCGCUCUUGUGUCCGGACAGGGCCGGAAUCAGAGACCUGGAGACCCUUACCCUUCAGCAGGAGCGUUAUUGCGCGCUACUUCGCAGGUACGUGACGUGGCGCAAGAUGGCUCCCAUCGAGUUUGCCAAGGUUCUCAUGCGGCUUCCCGACCUGCGUGAGCUGGCGGACACGCACGCCGACUCGGACUUGCUCUUCGACGCCAAGGAAGCGGCUGACGUGCAAAGACACCUUUCCAACGUCAUGGUGCGCACCGUAGAGCUUCCGGCACAAGUCGGUGACGUAACGAGCGAGUCCCUCUCACUUCCGGGCCCACCGCGGUGGAAGUUUCCGGGAGACCUCCAGCCACUCAGUGCCGCCGAGUCGGCCGGAGAGGAUUCGGCCGAGGAAGAAUCGGCUGAGGAGUCGUCUAGUCAGGGAUCGUCAGACCGCUCGGCACCGGGAGCACGCAAAAGCUGACACUCCUGUAACGGAUAUGGGGGCUACCACAUCACUUGGAUAUAUGUGCACGUGUAUAUAUGGACGCUCGAGUACGUUAGUGGUCGAUGUGCCUCGAGAACGCGCUAAUAUCGUAGGUGGUUCACACUACCCGCUUCAUCAACAUCUCAUU